AUGGCAUUCUCAUGGUUCUUUUCGCAAGACUAUGAUCGGACGGCUCCACAAGGAAAACACGGGAGACCUGCUGAAGAUGGAAAGCCCGAAAGAAGUCCGUUCAGCGCAUCGUCUUCAGUUCAAACGCAGGGAGGUGGCGCCCGCGAUGCGAGAGUCGUGACUCCUGAGGAGGGCGCUUCUGGUCGAGCGCUUUUGCGGCAGCUCACGUCAGCAAGCUCUCGGAGGCGCCCCCCCCAAGCUGGCCCCGUCAAAAUUGAAUUCGACGAUGACGAUGAAGACGCAACGUCGGCCGCUUCCUCCUAUGUCCGUGCUCCCUCCCAAGUAGCUACACAUAAAGCCUUUGCUUUGCGUUCUCGCGGGGGGGAACGCGCCGUUGAAACGGGGGCCGCGCCUGGCGCGGCUGCGCGCCCGCGGCGGGAUCACCGAGAGGGGGGCGUGCACAGAAAAAGUCGAGAGAAGAGGCCUUAUGCUACAGAAAGCGCCCUGUCGCCUGCCUUGCGAGCACUGCAAGAAGGAAAAACCGCAAAGAUGUUUUCUCCUCCCUUGCGACUGGAGUCGGCUGUCCAGCGGACCGAUGCCGCCGAGUCGCUUGAGAAAGAGACGUCUUCUCGGCUCACGCGGCACCGCUCAUCUCAGGAAGUAUCCCUUCGGCGGCAUGACAGUAUCGCACCUCAUGCACAACGCCCCCUCGCUGCAAAAGACGAGGACGAGGACUCUGAUCUCGUCGUCGGGCCGAAAAUGUCUGACCGCGACAGAAGGCCAUCGACUCGCUUCGCUUUACGAUCACGAGGCGCCACACUCGCGUCUCUCUCGUCUUCUGCUCAAGGUCUGGAGUCUCGCAGUAUGAGCGCGACAGCGGGGGGGAUGGCCUCGGGAGAAGGAGAGGGCGCGACAGUGAGCGCCGCGUCGUUUCGGGCCGCAGUGAGAGCGAACGUGCGACAAUGUCCUGCAGGACAAGCUGCCACGAGUCGCACAGGGUCAGAAGCCGAGGGCAGGCCGCGAAAUCAGGCAGCGCGCAUGGCGGGCUUGUCGCCUAGUUCCGCGCAGCCGUCGGCAGCUUCAGGAUGGGAAGUCAAGAGUUCGUGGACGACUGUGCGCGCGGGAGGGGCUGGGGCCGACUCCCCUAGAACCUCUGAAGGAGGCAGUUCUGCGACGAGCUCGCGGCAGUCAUCAGGAAGUGGAGUGAGAUCUGAAACGACGAGUCAUGACUCGGCCUCCGGUGCUGCGACGCCGUUGUCGCCGCGCGCGCUCUCUGAACACGUCACUCUGUCUCAGUCAAGCCCACCGGAGAGCCUCGAAGGACCUCUGCCUUCGACAGCCGCUGCGCUGUCAGCGGAAGCUGCCUCCGCGGUCGUCCCCGAGCGCCGGCCUCUUCGUUCCGCGGGCACACGCGUGAGCUUCGCGGUCUCGCAGUCUUCUAACUGCGGCGACAAGGCAGCGAAGACGGAGAAAGACGUUUCCCUCAGGAGGCCUGGCACCACGCUGCAUUCCCCGAUGCUCUCCCCUCAUGGCGAUCGCGCGGCUGAGAGCAAGCUGAGGAAAGGAUCCAGUCCGCGUGGGGGCGACGGCGCAGGGACACCCUCGUCUUCGUCGUCGACCAGGAUUUCAGACCCCGAUCCGGCUGUCUGCUCUGCAACGUCUCUCUCCUCAGAGGCAGACCUCGACGCAGCGGGGGCCCCGGACCGCGCCGGAAGCGACCUCAAGCAACCUGCGGGGGCGAAAGACACGUGCGCCGCGGAGGGAGGCCCGCAGAAGGGCGCGCCGGCCGCCAGCUCGGGGCGACCGCCCUGCGAGCACAUUCUCCUAGUGGUUCAUGGGAUCGGAUGCGAAGCGGAGGGUGGCGCGAUUCACAAACAACAGUUCGUCAAAAGCCUCGCCCUCGUCAACGAAUACUGGUUCUGGAGGAAACCCGUGGAGGUCCACGUCCACGCCAUCAACUGGAAACAAACUGUCAUUCACGCGCAGGAACACAUGUUUGAGCACAUCACACUGAAGGACGUCUACGAGACGAGGCGAAUGCUCACACUGACGGCCGCAGAUCUCCUCUUCUUCCUCACGCCCCGCUACGGCGAUUUUAUCAUGACACAAGUAGCGGAGCAGCUGAACGAAGCCGUGGCUAAACUCCGAGCUCAUCCUUCCGAGCGCUACAAAGACUCGAAGAUCUCCGUGCUCGGCUAUUCACUAGGGAGUGUAAUGGCAUACGAGCUCCUUGCUGGACGCCCGUUUCGUCCAUCGCUAUUCGAUCCGGCAACGAACCCGUCACCUCGGUUGAAGUUCCACGUGGACUCGCUCUUCCUUCUGGGCAGCGCCUUGCCCGCGUUUCUCCUUCUGCAUGCGCCCGAGAUCCUCAAGCAAGGCAUGUGGGUGCCAAAGGACUUGCACCUCUACAAUAUCUUUCAUCCCUGCGACCCCGUGGCCUUCCGACUCGAAAAACUCGUCUAUCCAAAGAUUCGACAGCUGCCGCCGCCAGUCCUGUUGGCCUUCUGGCGCACGAACGGAGUUCAAAAGUGGUAUGAGUGGGACAUGAACGUUCAGCACGCGAAGAACGUGCUGAUGCAGAACAUCACAGACUUUGCGUCAACGAUUAGCAACUCGCUUCUCUCCUGGUGGAACCCGGAGACAGGUAGCGACAAUCCAGAGAGCAUAAGCGUGUUGGACUCCAACGCGACUGCGGCACUAGAGGCAGCGAAGAAGUCGAAGCAGGGGCUAUCGCUGGCCUCGUUCAACUCGUCCGCUGGCGGGCACCCUUCGACCCAAGGCACCAAACCUGGGUCCUCUGUGAGAGGCCCAGGGGGGCUUCGAGGCCCGCGCGGCGACCCUGGAGGCGGAGACGGCGGCAGCGACCAACGCGACGCGCCUGCAUCGAAAGUCCAGGAGGGCCUACAUGCCGCAGCCGGGGGCAGGAACGGAGCCCUGGGCAGAACGCAAAAGAGACAAGGCGAGAGUAAAGGAAACCGCAGCGGCAAGCCAGGCACCGAGGACGACGCGAGACUCGCCCUCCGUCCCGCCGACGCCUGCGCCUUUCGAAUGCGACUGAAGCAGACUCUUCCGCAUGUCUUGGCGCGUAGCAAGCGGGUCAUGGACAGCAGCGAGGACGAGGACUCUUCGCUGUCUCUGAGUCCCGAGUCGGUGCUGCAAAUUCCGACCUUGUCUUUUCUGCAUGUGUCGCGUUCAUCCUCCGGGACCUCCGCGGACGUCUCGUCGGCGGCCUCGUCGCACGCCCUGUCGCCGUCUUCGCGGUCCUCUGCGUCCGCCCGGACCUCUUUCUCUGCGGAGGAUAUAAGCCAUGUGCAUGAGCGCCGAAAAUCCCUCAGCGAUGCGCUGAGGGACGGCGACGGCGCGAGCAGUGGCGCGGUCAAGCCAAGCGAAAAGCUUGCGGAAACUGCGACGCACCUGCAGGUGCUGCGUACCAUCGUGGCGGCUGUCGAGAACUCGACUGAAGAGAGCAACGAAGCCCGCGUGCCGGCAGAGAACGCGAUCGUCGCGCAGAACGAGCGUGCGGCUGUCGCCGAUCGGGAGGACGCCUACUCUGUGAAGGACGCAGCACGAGCGCUCCAGGCUACGGCCGCUGCGAAGGAGCCGCUCCGGCGGAGGCGACUCGAAGACGAGAGGGGAGAGAAUGGAGAGAAGGAAGACGACGCCGGCAAGGCGACCUGCCAAGCGUUGGGGGUCGACGAAGGAGACGAAGACGACGUCGACCAGAAUAUAUGGGACUUGCUCUACAGGCCGACGGGGAAAGAAAAGGAGGCCGAAGGCGCAGUCUCAGACGCUACCACGUCGAGCGCCGGCAGUGGCGCGUUCGCCCUUGAGCAGCUUGAGCAACAGGAACAGGAAACCUCGCGCGCCAUGGCGCAGUUGGCAACGAUCAACGAACAGACGGGCCCCGAAGUCCUCCCUGUCCGCAUUGACUUCCAACUUCAGGAAGAUACAGCCGAGCAUUACCUUUCUUCACUGGCAAUGCUUCAGUCGCACUUCAAUUACUGGAAGCUGAAGGACGUCGCCUUCUUCAUCCUCAAAUGCCUCACCGGAACGAACCCUACGCUCUCCUACACAGACCAUCUGAAACAACUCGAAUGCGCGGCGAGGAAAGCAGCAGCCAAAGCUGAGCGUGAAUCGAACGAAGAAGAGCGGCGAAAACAGCUGCGACUAGCCGCGGCUCUCCAUCGACGACUAGAUUCGUUCAAAGGGGCGAGUAGCUCGGGCGGAACGAGUCGGAAGGGGCGGCAGCAGCACACGAAGGGCAGUCACAGUGGGCAGGGAGAGACUUCAGGGAAACCCCAGUCGUUGGGAGAGCCCGAUGACCCUUUUCGCCCUAAGAAAAACGCACACAGGGAGACUCUACCCGAGAGUCUUGUGAGAGACCUAGCGGAUGAAGCGGGCAGAAGGGCUGCAGGCCAGAGAGCACAUUCUGUGGGUGAAAAAGAGACGGAGCUGCCACCUGAGCAGACUCGCCUGAAGUCUCAGCCCAGCAGCGGCAGUAGUUACAGUGAUGGGCUGCCCAGCGCGGCCCGAGAUUUCCGCGACUCGAGUACCUCAGAAAAUGCUUCAAGGCACAGUCAGGAAGAUGGUAGCGCACGUUUAUAG